AUGGGAAAAGGUCUGACGGUUCCAGGUUCAAAGCAUCUUCCAAUAUCUUCCCGCAUGGUGAAGGUUCAAGGCGCAGCUUGCAUCAUUUACGUGUUAGUGGAACAUCUUGCCAAGAUUAAAACAGAGAGUGGAAUGCUGUCCCACAGGUUUGGGCUUUCCAGUACAAGAAAGAAAGUGGCAUAUAGGAAGGUGUCCAGUGGAGGCCACCAAGAUGGUAGGGGUCUGCAGCAGAGGACAUCUGAGGAGAAGCUGAGAAAACCUGGAGAAGAGAAGGCUAAGGGGGAUCUUCUUGCAGCCUUCACCUUCCUGAUAGGAGGAUCUUACUGUGUUGUCUUUUGUAUUCACAGGUACAUUUUGAAAACGAUAAUUCUGGGCCAGAUGCUCUCCUUGUUUAUCUGUGGGACUGCUGUUACAAGCCAGUACCUAGCAGAACAAUACCAAGUGAAUACUCCAAUGUUUCAAAGUUUUAUCAACUAUGCUUUGCUUCUUCUAGUUUAUACAACAAUGCUGGCAUUUAGGACUGGCAGUGACAGUCUUUGGCAAAUUUUGAAACAGAGGUGGUGGAAGUAUAUUUUUUUGGGACUGGCUGAUGUUGAAGCCAAUUACAUGAUUGUAAAAGCCUACCAAUACACGACCCUCACAAGUGUGCAGCUGCUGGACUGUUUCGGGAUUCCUGUGCUGAUGGCUUUGUCGUGGUUCAUUCUCCGUGCAAGAUACAGGCUGAUCCAUUUUCUUGCUGUUGCCGUCUGUUUGCUGGGUGUAGGAACAAUGGUGGGUGCAGACAUUUUGGCGGGGAGGCAAGACAGCGAAGGUAGUGACGUGGUGAUUGGAGAUGUCUUAGUACUUCUUGGUUCUUCUUUGUAUGCCAUUUCUAAUGUGAGUGAGGAAUACAUUGUGAAAAAUCUGAGCAGAGUGGAGUUUCUAGGAAUGUUGGGCUUGUUUGGGACUAUUAUCAGCGGUCUACAGCUAGCCAUUGUGGAACAUAGGGAGAUAAUGAGAAUUCAGUGGAACUGGGAAAUUGCAUUGCUCUUCACAGUCUUUGCUCUGUGCAUGUUUGGGCUGUAUAGCUUCAUGCCAGUAGUGAUUAAAGUUACCAGCGCAACCUCCGUCAACCUGGGUAUUCUGACUGCAGAUCUCUACAGUCUGUUCUUUGGGCUUUUCCUCUUUUUCUGUAAGUUUUCAGGUCUUUAUAUCCUGUCCUUCAUUAUCAUCAUGGUGGGCUUCAUUUUGUAUUGCUCCACUCCAACUCGGACGGCAGAACCCCCCGCCUUGCCACAGCCGUAUACAAGGCCGGGAGAAACCGCCCGCCCCCCCCCAGCCAUAACUGUACAGUUCACAAGAGGAGAAACAGUGGUGGUCAGCACUGAUUAA